AUGUUUACCCGCACACAACCCUCAGCUACGUCAAAAUACCCUAGCCAUGACCUCUCUGAGUUCCCUGAAACUCUAAGAGGGAAACGCAUUCUUCUCUGCACGGAGUCCUUUGGUCCCGUCAAUGGUGUUAGCCGCACAACAUUGAUGCUUGUCAAUCAUCUGCGAGCGAACGGAGCUCAAGUUGCAGUGGUAGCGCCGCAUAACCAUACAGAACACAACACUUUCACUCCGCCUCCGUCGCCCACGUUGUCUCCUACCGAUAAGCAGCCUGAAGUCCGAGUCACUGGAUAUCCUCUACCUUUCAAUCCCGAACUUUCUGUUGUAUACCCGGUGCGCAACUCUACGCUAUACUCGAAAACAUUUGGCGACGACUCUCCCCCCGAUUUGAUCUACCUGGCGUCACCUGCAAGCCUUGGCUUCCAGGUGAUGCUUCAGCUACGACAGCAACCCAAAGAGAAGCAGAUCCCCGUAAUCUGCAACUUUCAGACCGACCUGGCCGGCUAUUCUUCGAUUUUGUUCCCUGCUCCUCUUAGUCACGUCGCCGUGUUCGCGUUUGCAGCUAUUCAGAGCUACCUUUUCAAUCACUCCUCAAUCAAGACCAUCUUUUAUCCCUCAAGCUUCGUGAGACGAUACUUGGUGGGCCAGAACAUUCCGGAAAACAAACUCGAACUUCUGACAAGAGGUGUCAACACUGAGCUGUUCAAUCCCAGAAUGAGGAGCGAGGAGUUGCGAAAGAAACUGGCCCCUAAUGGCGAGAUUAUAUUUGUGACAGUUUCCCGCAUCGCCGGCGAGAAAGGCUUCGGCUUCCUAGCUCAAGCGGCAAGAGAGCUUGAUGCUCGGGGACUUGACUUCAAGCUAUACAUUGUGGGCGGCAAUCGUAACCCCGAUGUGGAGAAGGAGGUGCAAGAGCUGUUCCAUCCUUUGAGGGAGAAGGGCAAGGUUGUUUUCGCGGGGUUCAAGAAUGGUGAGGACCUCGCAGCUGCUUAUGCCAGUGGCGAUGUCUUCCUCCACUGUUCCAUUACGGAAACCUUUGGCCUUGUUGUUUUGGAGUCUAUGGCUAGUGGCGUUCCGGUCAUCGCCCGUGACGAGGGCGGUCCAUCCGAUAUCGUGCAACAAGGGGAUAAUGGCUUCCUGAUCCAACCAGAUGACCUUGACGGAUUUGUGGCCAAGGCUAUGGAGCUUGGACGGGAUCACAACCUCCGGGCACAGAUGGGCCAUUCUGCCAGGGCAUACGCUUGCGAGGCAACCUGGGAGAAGAUUAACAACAAGGUAGCAUGGCGUAUGGCGGACACUAUCUUGGAUAGGAAGCAGGAACAGGCAAGCCCCUUGAGUCGCUCGUCAUCAAGUACGAAACCAUCAGCGGAGCCGCCGCUUAUUCCCAUCUAUGGGUGGCUUAUGAUGAAUGAUGCCCUUCGCAAGGCCGUGACACAAGGUGUUGUUGAUGCACGGCUGAUGGGUGGAUUAGGCGUCAUUCUCUCCUGCUGGAUGGUGACAGGAUGGUACAUGGCGUUUACAGAAUGUCUCCUCUGGGCCAAGGGACGAUGGAGGAGUGUGGAGAGGAGGUUGUCAGUCUCAUAG